AUGUCAAGACAGCCCCCAUCAGGCGGCUCGGGCUGGAGUCCAUUUGGCGGUGGACGCAGCGCACCCCAAGGAUACGGUAGCGCUCCCCAGGGAUACGGCAAUUCUCCUCAAGGAUACGGGAACGCUCCUCAGGGAUAUGGCAAUUCUCCCCAAGGACAUAGUAACCCUUCUAUGAGGCCCAGCCAGCCUAGCCAAGGCGCUCCCAGAUACAACGAGAAGGCCCCUCCCGGUGGCGGCAGACAGGUCCCUCUCCGAAUUGAAAAGAUCAGCAAUGACAAGACUCUUCAAUCCCGUGUCAUCUACGGUAACCUCUGUGCCGUGUCUCCCCAAGACUUUCCUCGAAACCGCGAUGGCACGAACCCAUACGUCCUUAUCCGAGGCGGCAAACCCGAAGGCGAAUAUGUGGUCACAGCGGAGCCCGUACAAGGCUUCCCUCAGGGCUGCAUCAGUCUGUCCGAUCCUCAGCGUUCGUGGGCGGGUAUUACAUUGCGAGACACCUUCACCGGAGAACUCUACGACCCCUUUUCGGCCGGCGGCAAGGUAUAUCUUGGAACGUUGGACCUAGAGAUUGGCUUUGCUUCGCCGAACAAGGUUACCGAUGCCCCAUAUGAUGAGGAAGAGUUGAGCGAUGUUUUCAUCAACACAUUCGGGAACCAAAUAUUGGCCCCUGGUCAACGAAUUCUCAUGGAUGUCCGGAAUAUCCCAAUGCUGAUAGUUGUCAAGACUAUCGGGCUCAUCGAUCUUUCCAUGUCUUCAGACGACCCCAACAAGAAAGUCCACAGAGAGCCAUAUGCUCGAGGUAUCUUGACAGACCAGACCAGGAUCAAUUUCCACAGAGACGGAAAGGGCAACUUCAACUUGAAACCCUCUAUGAACAAGGCCAACUCCAACGCCAUUCUUGCUCCAGAUUUCAAGUUUGAGGAUAUGGGUAUUGGUGGAUUGGGCAAUGAAUUCUCUACUAUCUUCCGUCGUGCCUUUGCUUCCCGAGUCUUCCCCCCGGGACUCAUCGCAAAGAUGGGUAUUCCUCACGUUAAGGGUAUGCUUCUCUAUGGACCUCCAGGUACCGGGAAAACCUUGAUCGCCAGACAGAUUGGCAAAGCCCUGAACGCUCGGCCACCCAAGGUUAUCAACGGCCCUGAGGUUCUGAACAAGUAUGUUGGUCAAUCUGAGGAGAACAUCCGAAAGCUCUUUGCAGAUGCAGAGAAGGAGUACAAGGAGAAGGGCGACGAGAGUAGUCUCCAUAUCAUUAUUUUCGAUGAAUUGGAUGCUGUAUGCAAACAGAGAGGUUCUGGUGCUGGUGGUGGCACGGGAGUUGGCGACAGUGUGGUCAACCAGCUGCUAUCAAAGUUGGACGGUGUUGACCAGUUGAACAACAUCCUGCUCAUCGGAAUGACCAACCGAAAGGACAUGAUCGAUGAUGCCCUGCUGCGACCAGGUCGAUUGGAGGUCCAUCUUGAGAUCUCGCUCCCAGAUGAGAAUGGUCGUCAAGAAAUUCUCACGAUCCACACCUCCAAGAUUGCCCAAAACGGCCUCUUGGACGGAGACGUGGAUAUCAAGGAGUUGGCCAGCUUGACCAAGAACUACUCGGGUGCAGAACUGAACGGUCUGGUCAAGGCUGCAGCAUCCUUUGCUUUCUCCCGUCAUACUGAAGUUGGCCAACUGGCAGCGGUCAAAUCCGACGUUGCCAGUAUGAAGGUAAACCGCAGCGACUUUAUGAACGCCCUGACAGAGGUUCGCCCAGCGUAUGGUGUCUCUGAGGCAGAACUCGAGGAGGCUGUGGGACUCAAGAUUAUCCCAUACAACAACAAUGUUGAUUUGACCAUCAACAGCAUGAAUCGUGUUGUGAGCAUGAUUCAGAACGACUCGGACAAGUUCAGCACCUCAGUUUUGUUCCACGGACCCAGAGGUGCUGGAAAGACUGCACUUGCUGCCCAUAUCGCGAUGCAGUCUGGCUUCCCAUUCGUCAAGCUAAUCAGGCCGCUGGAUCUGGUGGGCUACCGGGACGAUUUUGCAAAGAAGGACUAUAUCCACAAGAUUUUCACCGAUGCCUACAAAUCUCCCCACAGUAUCCUCAUUCUCGACGACUUCGAACGUCUCAUUGGGUGGAACCCAAUCGGCCAGCGCUUCUCCAAUGUCAUGUUAGAAGCACUUACUACUCUCCUCGUCUCCAAGCCUCCCAAGGGUCACCGUCUAUUGAUUUUCGUAACAACCUCCAAGAAGUCAACGCUCGACAUGCUCGAGAUUGACGGUGACUUUGCCAAGAAGGUCGCCGUGCCUUCGUUGUCCGGGCUGGAGGAGAUCAGAAUCGUACUGCAGGAAUCCGGGCGCCUUGGCCAGGACGACGUGCAGACAGUGCUUCGCAUCCUCCACGAGAACACCCAGGGCCGUGUGAACAUUGCUGUCAAGAACGUGCUUGACUGCAUUUUCGAAGCUCGGGCUGAUGGCGAUGGCCCCGGCUUCCCAGAGACGCUGGCCGACCUACUGCUUGAGAGGAUUCAGAUUGAAUCUCCUAAUGUUGGCUACUAA